GUGCGGUCGCUGCCAAUGCCGGUCUACCAGGCACUCCACCCUGGCCGACUUGCCGGCAUAUCCCCUGCGCAGACGUUCCAGUCGGACGGCCGAGUUCGCGUGCCGGCACCUCCGUCGGCCCCCUGGAGCCUUCAGAACUUGCCUUGGCGACCUAAAGCAACAAUGGCCCUAGCGUUUGCUGCACCCCAAAGUGCCGCGGCAGUGCUGCCGCGCCGGGUGGCGCCAGGUCCCAAAGUUGCAGGCCAGGGCUCCUCGGCUUGCUCCUACACGGCGAGGGCUCGGGCAGCUCUGGCCUUGGCUGCGCUGCCCGCGCUGCCACGAGGACGUGCCCGGCGCUGCGUCCCAGAAGGCUUUCCGACUUUAGCCUCUUCGGAAGUCGGCACACAACCCUGGAACUGGUGGGGCGAUUGCAGCGCCGAGGAAUGGCCGCAGCUUCUCGAGAAACUGAUGGCAGAAGCCAGGGUCCUGCUGAAGGACUUCUUCGGGCAUGAUGCUUUCCGACCACAGCAGGAAGAGGCGCUGCGAGCGGCAAUCAGCCAGAAGGACAUUGAGCUCUACUGGCCAACGGCGGCUGGGAAGUCCUUGGUUUUUCAGCUUUUGGCGGUCCUAGCCUGGAGGAGGAAGCAGGGCAUAGUCAUUGUGGUGGAGCCGACGAUCCCGGUGAUGCAGGAUCAGGUGCAGCAAUUCAACACAAAGGGCACCUCACAAGAGGCGGCCAAGGCUUGCCUUCUGGGAUCUGCACAGACGGACGAAACCGUCAUUGAGGCAGCUGUAGCUGGCGACUAUUGCCUGGUGUAUAUGUGCCCAGAGUCGAUCACACAGAAGUACCUCGAAGCCUUCGUCCCUUUGUACAAGAGCUCACGGAUCUGUGCCGUGGUGGUAGAUGAGGCCUGCUACAUGCCACUUUGGGGUCAUGAAUUUCGGCCAGCAUUUCUCGAUCUCGAUUGGCUUCGUGAAGCAUACCGUGGAGUUCCCUUCAUGGCUCUGUCGGGUGCUGCGCCGCCAAGCCGUCGGGACUUCAUCCGAGAACAUCUGCGGCUUCAAGAACCCUACGGAAGUGCGAUGCCCAUGUUCCGGAAGAACCUUCAACUCGAGAGCUGCCAGAGUCUUCCAGAGUUGGAGAAGUUGAAUAUGAUCCUGGACUCGCUGGUCGUGGAUGGUCGCAGUGCAGCCGUCGUGUACGUUCGGACGAAGCCAACGGCACGUAGGAUACGGCGCCGCCUGGAAGAAGAGUCGGAGCAGCGUGGCCUUAACCUGGUGGUGGGGCAGAUGGACGGCGAGACGCCCCCGGACGAGAGAGCGGAGUUGAAUCUGGCGUUUCGCCACAAUCGCAUCAACAUCAUGGUGGCCACGGAUGCCUACGGUCAGGGUAUUGACAAGCCUGACAUUGACUUCAUCCUCCACUGGGAGCCGCCUGUGAACAUCGAGACGUACGUCAAUCAGAUUGGACGUGCCGGAAGGGAUGGCCGCCAGGCAGUUUGCCGACUUUGCUGGAGUGGCUUCAACAGCUGGAAGGCCAUUCUUGGCGACAAGGGCUACUUUGCGCAGGAGUUGAAAGACAUGCUUGACAGAGACCGCCGUGUUGAGGUUGACUCGCGGCUAGCGCUGGUUGAAAUUGCCAGUGGCCACAGGUGUCGAUGGCAUGCUGUUCUCUCGCACUACGACUGUGUUGAGGAGCUGGGCGAGACAGGCCGCUGCGGUCGCUGCGAUGUGUGCACUGGCAAACUGCAAAAUCGGAGGAUCCUCACAGAGGACAGCGAGGCGAAACUGGCGCUCCUAGUGCUUCAUGCCGCAGACUUCGCAAAGAGCCACGGCCAGGCCUUCAAGACUGCAGUGGUCGAUAUCGCUCGCUGGGGCAGCGAGAAAUUCAAGCACCUGAACUCUAAAGCCAUGCUGGACAACAUGGAAAGUCUGAGGCAAGCCCUGCCAGACCUGACGAAAAGAGCCGUCGAGCAGAUGGUUGAGCGCUUACAAGAAAGCGGAUACUUCCUCCCAUGCUACAGGGGCAUGGACCAGAAGAACCACUUGACCUGGGGCAUUGAACUAAGCCGAGCAGGCUUGGAAGCAAUACAGCAGCACCACCAGAUCCAGCUGGUGCCCGAAAGCGUAUGCGAGCGUCAGAGAAGAAGGACAAUGUCUGGACAUCGAAGCAAAAGGAAAGAAAUCGAUGCUGCCUUCAAAGAAUAUGCCGCUGCGAUGGACGACCCGGAGGCGGCCGAGAAUGCCCUGCGUCACUUGGAGAAAGUUGUCCGACGGAAGCCAUCCAGCACCCCCGCAUCGACUGAGCGCAUGGAUGCUACUGGCAGACUGGAGCAGGAGAUGAGGAAGAGGUUCCCCGACCUGCAGAUACGCCAUGAGACGCUAAGUUCCGGCGAGCAUCAGUGCAUCCUCGAUCUGCCUGGUGAAGAGCGAAAAUUCUGCGGCAAACCAUCAAAGUCCCAGAAGAUCUCCUUGAAGCAUGCGUUGGAAAUUGCCCGUAAGGAGAUGAACAUCCAGGUUGACCUGAGGGAGAAGCCGUGGAUCCUGAAAUCCAUGGGCAAUCAGUGGGCGCGUGAGCACGUACGAUGCAAUCUGAAGCUGGGCGAGGAGGCGAUGUAUCAAGCGGAGAUUUCUGUGGCGCCGCUGGGAAAGACCUUUGCCAGUAAAAAGGCUUGGAACCUGCUGUCCCCUUUUGCCGUCCUUUCGCCAGUUUAUCUGGCACCGGCCCGGGCCCACAGCCCUGUCACUGUGCAUUCGAGAUCACCCAGUCCACCCGCGACGGAACAGGUCUCGAUGGCGAUAAACUGGACACACAUUGGACGCGAGGCAUCCCAGUUUGCGCCGCUUCCAGAGUCUCCCGCGCUGCCAACGAGCCCGGCGGCUGUCGCCGUCAAGGCCGGCACCGCGCUUCGCAGACCUUCAGACUUUGCUCUGAGCCCCCGCGCCUUGUCUCCCAGAGGGCUGGACACGUCACCAGGCUUCAGCAGUCGGCCCUCCGACCUGUCACCGGGGACGGGCGCUGACUCGGACAUCUGCAGCAACAGUGACGUCUCGCGGGAUAUACUCGGAAGCCCUGUCUCCGGAGGCUUAGUCGACGACCCCUGGCUUGGCCUGGCGGUGCGGUCACCGCUCAGGAGCCCCGGCCGAGAGUUUCGGGAUGUUGCGCGACCGACGCAUUCUGGACCACUUCGCAGACCGGUUCCGACAAUCAGCAGCCCCGAGUGGGCGGAGCAGGCUGAGGGAGGCAAGCCUGUCCUGCCAGCUCCGCAGCUGCCAGCGUUGGAGGAGCUUUUUGCCCAGAAUAUGCGGGAGCAGCGAAGGGAGGAGCGCAAGCUCCGUCAUCAGCGACGAGAGCCGCGGCAGCAGAUGCAGAGGACCAUCAACCCAUCCUUCGAGGAGGUCCCCAACGGACUCUGUGGCUUCGGCCCGAGCCCUGACGAUGACGACUACUUCUACGGCAAGCACGUGAGUCUGUGA